AUGGACGGCGAGUACAAAAUCGAUUACAACGCUAAAGAAAUUGUCUUCAUCGAUCGAGAGUCUUCCUUUGAGGAUGUGCUCCGCUGUCAAAAAGACAGCGGCAAACAGCUCACUUACACCGAAGACAAGGAAUUUAUCGCUUGCUGCACUAGAGAUCAAAACCUUCUCGGAAGCGAAGAUACUGCGUUUGAUUGCUGUUACCCAGAUCAGCAUCUCACUGGAUCGCACAAGACGGGCUACAGAUGCUGUCUAAAAGGCCAAAUCUAUGACGGCACCUGUCAUGACCCGAUACCAAACUGCAUUGAGGGCAAGAUACUGAUGAACGGCAAAUGUGUCUGCCCUUCUACUAUGGUUGAAACUCACGAUGGUCACUGCAGACCUCUAUAUUCGCCAGUGAAGUGUGAGCCAGACGUCUACGAAGGGAGAUGUUAUAUCUUAAGAAUGGACAACGGUCUUCUGUUAGGACAAGAUAAAAACGGAUAUUACUCGGCCUCAGUAGACAGCUAUGCGCAUAGUUUCGGCAAGUUCAGAUUUUGCAAAACCAUGGUUUGCGAUGGCAAGUCUGCCAUUAACCCCGACGAGGAAAUCCAUAUCCUUGAUAUGCAUGGACAAUACAAGAAUGGCGAAAUCGGUGCUUUCUGGAUUGACAAGGGUGUUCGUGGCGACCCUCUUGGAACCACGUCUUCAUCAAACAAUGCAGGAAGUUUCUCCAUAACUAAAUGGGAGCUUGGCAAACACUGUAUGUCGGGAUUCAAGCAAGGGCUGGUUUCCAAGGCUUCGCUGCUCGCUUUUGUUAGCUCCAGCAGCCAGGCCUGUCUUCCUCUAACACUUGUCGAAGUCCCUUGCGACAUCCAUGAUCCUACAAAUAAUUGCAGAUGGACUAAAAAUCCUGAUCGUGCAGCUGAAAAACUCUAUGCUCCUUUUGUAAGUCAGUUCGGCAACUAG